ACAUAGUUACAUACAUUUUGAAUACUUGAUACUUAUACCUUAAACGGGUGACUUACGUACUAGUGUCCUUAGACUUGUUUGGACAAAAUUGGUUAAGCCGUUUAAAGUGGUGAAUGAAGACUGAAUAUCGGCGAAUAUACUCGAAUGAAAGCGCAAUGGUAGAGCAAAGCGCUUUGCUAUCUUGGGAGCACUUCUUGUUGCGUUGUGCACUUUUUGUUAACCGAUGGCCACUGCCUGCAUCGCACGUAACGUUUUUAUGGGAGCUUUAAAUAGUAUUUUAUAAAAUAAAAUGACUAGUUGCAUUCAUUACAUUCAUACUCUUUGCAUUUAUCUUGUGCUAACCAUAAUCGGACUAAAUGGAACUUUUUUAGACCUAAAUCAAUUACAAACUAAUAUAUUACAAUGGAAGAACCAAAAUUUUCAAAAUUUUAGUGAGAUAGGUGUAGGCACGAAUGGAAUAUUUGACUUAAGCGACGUUAAAACGAAAAUCUUACAAUGGAAAACUCAGAAGUUAGCUGCUCUUUGCCCCUCCAACGGGCCGCAAUUACAGAAUUUGUUGAACAUUGUGUGCAGCACAGCUCAGCCUACUAAUGUUACUUUGAGAGAUGGAUGUAUCAACUGUUUCACCAGAGUUACUUCUAUGCCGGAGGGGCCUCAAGAAUUAACUGCACUGGGUGCAUGUGCGACACAGUACUUCGUGAAUACUUCCUAUGCUGGGUGUGCUACCGCAUUGGUUGCUCUAUCGACAUCGGCUUUAAAUGUCCAACCGUCUGGUUGUUUCAUGGGCUAUUGUGAUUUUGUGCGCUGUCUUAGAAGAACAAACUCCAUUAAUUUGAUUACUCAAUGUACGAGAGAAGCAAGAACAGGAGUUAACAUAACUUUAGAUGCCGAUAAUGUUCGAUUUUUUACUAAUGUAACAUCGUGUAUAUUAGCGAAGUCAAGGUGCGGUACUUUUAAUCCAAUGACUGGCGAACCCCAAGUCCCAGGAUAUUCAUCAUCAGGAGUAAGGAUCAGCAAUGCUUUACAGUUUUCUAGUACUGGUGAAUUGAGAAUAUUAGCAUUUCCAGCUAGUACACCAGUGAUAAAUUCGUUUUGUACUUCUUCAAAUAAUUUAACACAAAAUAGCUGGCUUGCAAAUGACUGCUGACGUGAAAAUAAGUACGGCAGUAUUUAAUUGGUAUGUCUAAGUAGGAGCAGUCUUUGAAGUAUUGAAAAGGUAAAGAUGUGCAGAAUGCUGGCGCAGUGGUUGUAUUCUGGGUACCGGGUUUGAUACCCACGUCGUCAUGGUUUACCUAAAUUCAACAUAGUUACAUAUAAUAAUGUCUUUAUUCCUAACGGGGUAGAUAGAGUCAACCAUCUAGAAAAGACUGGAAAGCCAUGUCCAGCUAUAUGAAAGCUGCAUGGCUAAUUAAAAAUAGUACCAGGUUGCUAGCCCAACACUUAAAAUAAGGAAUCUAAAACGAACUUUCUCAUUAAUUUCGUAUGGUAACUAAAUGGACUUGUGUAGGGUAGGUAUUCUAAGCUACUUAUUGAAUUAUUUUUCGGUUCCGUGAUCAGAUC